AUGCUUGGUUGGAAUAAAAUUACUUAACUUACAAGUAAGGCUGGUGGAGCUGUCUCUAAAGUAAAAGAUUUUGCAAAAGACUUAAUAACAGUUGAUACAGAGGAGAAUGAAAAUUAAACAAAUAAUGUUAAUCAAGAUUUUCAAUCAGCAUUUGCUUAAUUAUAAAAAGGAUAUGGUUUAGCUUAAAGUCCUAAAGAGAUUUAAAAAAAAGCAAAUGAAUCAUCUACUAGAAGUCCCAUUGAAUCAACAUCUCCAAUUCAAAUAGAGAAGAAAAUUGAAAUGUAAGAGAUUAAAAGACCUGAAAUUGAUAAUUCACCCUUUAUUGAAAUUAAAGAAUUUAUUUAAUAGACAUUUACAUCAAUAUAAUAAACAAUUGAUACAUCAAUUAAUAUUUCAGAAGAAUUGUAAGAUAAUAAGGAAGGAAAUAAUCCUGAUAUUUUAAUUGAUUAAACAUUAGAAUAAUCUGAAACAAAUAAAUAAGAUCUUAAUAAUAAUGACUAAACUAAUUUAGUAUCUCUUAAAGAUAAAUUAAAUGAAAUCUAUAAGAAUGCAUCAAAAUAAGUAGAUAUAUUGAUUCUAUAAAUUCAAAAUGGAUUUUAAGAGUCACUAAAUAAGUUAAAUGAUCAACUUUCAAUUGAGUAAUAAUCAAUAGCAGAUAUAGGUGCAUUGAUUAAUUAAUUCUUUAUUACAAUAUCUCGUUAGAGUACUUUUUAUGAUAGAUUUAAUUAACUCAGAUAAUAAAAAGGAUAGUCUAAAGAGAUUGUAAGUUUAAUUGAAAAAUCACUUGUUAAUACAAGUACUGAAAUAAUGCAAUCAAAAUAAGAAUAGUAAUAGAGCAAAAAAGAAUAAUAAUUGAUAAAUGAAAAUGCAAAUCUAUAAAAAAAGAUUGUAGAAAUGUAAGAUAAGAUUAAUAAUACAAAUAAUUAAAUUAAGGAUUUAUAAAAUAGAAUAAAAGAACUUGAAAAAUAUCAAUAAGAGUGGGAUAAAAUAAAAAGAGAUUAUGCUGAAGAAAUAAAAUAAAACUUUAAUGAAUCAGAGAAUCUUAAGGCUAAACUUAAAUAAAAGGAGUAGGAGGUAUUAAUAUAUAUAUUAAAUUUAGUUAUAAUAAAGUAAUUCAGAUUUAUAGAAAAUGCAGGAUCUUAGAACAAUCUUAGAGUAGAAAUAAGAAGAAAUUGAUAGAUUGGAAAAACUAUUAGAGGAAUGGUAACUUGAAAAUUAAUCAUUAUAAAGUGGUAUUCAGGCAGCAUAAUUAUAAUUAGAAGCAGAAAAAGUAUUGUUGAAUUCUACAUUUUUAGGAUUAAAAGGAAAAGAUCAUAAAAAAGUUUUAAGAUGAAUUUAAAAAAUUAAGAUCUGAGAUUAGUAAAGAAGACAUUAGUUAAUUAAAGUUUUUAAAAGAAAAUAAUGAAAAAUUGAAAUUAAACAAUUCUUAAUUAAAAUUAUAAGUAGAAGAAUUAACAAUAAAACAUGAAUCUUUAUUAAGAUCUUAUGAUGAUCUUAAAUCAGAGGCUUAAGCUCUUCAUAAUAAAAUUAGGUAAGAUCAGAAUUAUGUUAAUAAUAUGGUUGAUAAAAGAGUAAUAACAAAUGUUUUAAUAUAAUAUUUUGAUUUCAAUUCUGAUUUCAAAGUUAAAGUGUAAAUAUUAGAAACUUUAGGAAGUUUAUUGGAUUUAACUAAAGAUGAAAAAGAAAAAAUAAGUAAAUAUAAAAUAUUAUAAUAGAUCCAUAUAGAAAUAGAUAGAAUUAACCAUAAGGUCAAUAAUAGUCUUCUAGUUUUAGAGAUAAAUUUAUUGGGUUCUUAAAACAAGGGGAAUGA